AUGACUAACGCUAGUUCGACCAAUAAUCUUAACCUAAAGCUAAUUAAAUCAAUUCCACCCUUACCAACAACAGAACGCAAUUUUUCCACAAAAUUAUCAUACCAUAAACAAACAAAUAGUUUAUUGUAUACAAAUGGUAAAUCAUGUUUCAUAAGACCAUUAGAUGAUACCAAUGAUAAUAAGGUAUACCAAUUUACCGGACAUGGUAAUGUUAACUGUACUGUCGCUAAAUUUUCUCCCAUUGGCCAGUUUGUAGCCAGUGGUGAUGAAAAUGGUAAAGUUAUAAUUUGGGAGUUUUUAACACCAAGUGCCUCUAGUACUAGUAACGUUGAGGAGGAUGAGCCUAUUAAGGUGAAAAGUGAGUUUGAAGUAUUGGCAGGCAGAAUUAACGAUAUUUCAUGGGAUGUAGAAGGAAGAAGAUUGUGUGUGGUUGGUGAAGGUAGAGAUAAGUUUGGGGUUUUCAUUUCAUGGGAUUCAGGGAAUUCGUUAGGUGAAGUUAGCGGGCAUUCUACUACGAUUAAUGCGUGUCAUAUUAGGCAAGGCAGGCCAAUGAGAUGUUUUACCGUUGAUGAUGAUGGAUCCUCGGUUUUUUACGAGGGACCACCAUUCAAAUUUCAUAGCAGUGAUCGUGUUCACCAUGACCAAGGAAAGUUUAUUAGAGCGGUAGAGUUUUCUCCGUCAUCUGGCAAAACAAGUUAUUGUGUUUCUUGCGGCAGUGACCGUAAAAUUGUUUGCUAUGAUGGGAAAACCGGUGAGUUUUUAAAAUAUGUGCAAGACCCUGAUGAGGAAAUCAAAGGUGGGUUCUAUUCUCUGUCCUGGGUUAAUGAGAAUAGCUUUGUUACAGCUAGUGCAGACUGUGUCAUUAGGUUAUGGGAUGUUGAAACUGGUAAAUGUUUACAAAAAUGGACGUGCGGUAGCAAAUUGGAAGAUCAACAAGUUGGUGUAAUCGCAAUUUCUUUGGAAAAAGUUGUUUCAGUAUCUUUAGAUGGUACAAUAAAUAUACUAACCAUUGGAGCCUCGUCCAACACUAUGGAGUUGGAAAGAAGAAUUGUUGGACACACAAAGGGUAUUACUGUUUUAAGUGGUAAUGUAUCCGGUUCUUAUGAUGGUAGAGUCGUUGAAUGGGAACCUGAAUUUGCUACCGCUAAUAAAAUGUUUGCUCCACAUUCAAACAUGAUUAUUUCGUUGGACACCACCAAGUUUCCAACUAUUUCCUCGGUCUCUUGGGAUGACACAUUUAAGAGUUAUACUGAUGGCACUAUUUGCGACAAUGCUAAUAAUAUCAAAUUUAAUUCCCAGCCUAGAUGUUCAUCUACACAUGAUGGAAUAACUGGUGUGGUAACAUUUGACAAUGAAUUAAUAAUUAUUGAUGAUUACGAAAGUAAGAUUUUAUAUACAUAUAAAAUUUCAUCUCUUUCACCAUCUGUCGUGGCAAUUACAUUGAAUAAAGAAUACGUUGUUUUGGGAUAUGAACAAACAAACGAAAUUAAAGCAUUGAGAAUAUCAGAAUUAGAAAGUAUGGGUGAUAGCAGUACUAUAUUGACAUUCCCUGCACUCAGAAGUACGCCAUCUUGUAUAUCGAUUUCCCCAUCGAAUAAUUAUGUAGCAGUCGGUGACAUACUAGGUAAAAUUGUAUUGUAUGAUUUUGAAACUAAGCAGGUUAAAACAUCUCGUUGGGCCUUCCACACUGGUAAAAUCACUUCGAUUGCAUGGAAGAAGUGUUCUGGUGGUGAUGAAAAUGAAGAGGAUUUGGUUGCUACGGGCUCUUUAGAUACGCAUAUUAUAAUAUACUCAGUUAAGAGACCAAUGAAAGUUAUCAAAAUGAUGAAUGCUCAUAAAGAUGGUAUUAGUGUUGUCCAAUGGAAUGAUAGUAUUAAUAAUAAAGAAAAUAUUAUUGUGAGCGCUGGUGCAGAUGCAUGUAUUAAAUUGUGGGAAUUGAUUUAG